CUUGACGUUCAUUUUAAUUUUUUCUUUUACGUCCAAAUAGUAUUUAAUGGUUUAAUAUUGCGGUUACCGGUAUAAAUAUUAGUAAACAAACAUAAAUCAUGGUUUAAGUUUAAGUGAAAUAAAAUACCUAUAAAAAUGGAAGAUAACCCAUUUUCCUUUACAAAAUUUUCCCAAAAUAAAGAUCCAAUGGAACAAACUGAGAAUAAUAAAAUUAAAAAUAAAUCUGCUAAUGAAGUAUCAAAGUCAAGAAAGCUUGUGAUUGUAGAAGAUGAUGGUCUUACUGAAGUUCAGAACUCAGUUGGUGAAUAUUUGAGUACUAAUACAGAUGAAGAAUGUGUAGAUAGAUAUGUGCUUCCUGAUGUUCCCGACACAGAUAAUUAUCUAAUGAAGCAGAAUAAAACUCUUGUAACAGAAAAUAUUGCUUUAAAAGAAGAUUUAUUACAAACCAAAAAAGACUUUCUUGAAUACAAACAGAUUGCGAAUAAACGGAUUGGUGCCCUACAGAGAGAGUUAGACAAAGUUCGUAAUAAAGAAGCCGAUGAAACUCGUGCUCUAGAGGACGUUGUCCAUAUUAUUGAAGAAAAUCUUCAAUCAACUACGAUAAGAGCCGUAAGAGCAGAAACUACUGUGGCUUGCUUAAGGGAUGAAGUGAAUCGACUAACUGAAGAAUUAAAUGCAAAAAAGUUCUCGCUAGAUGAUUACGAUCGACUUCAAAAAGAGCACAACGAACUACUCUUGACAGUAAAAGAUCGGUCUCAACACGUUGCACGGUUAUUGCGAACAGCUGCAAGUAAGACAGAACCACAUGUCAGGCAACUACAGUCUGGUAUUGUUUCCUUAAAUUUUCUUGCGAAUCAACUUGACGAUAUUGGCAAAAUUUCUGAUAUCGGUGAAUAGGAAGUAUGAACCGCAGUUGAAGACAUAUGCAUAAAGGCAACGCUAAGUUAAUAUCAGGCCUUUUGAAUGGAAAUCUAUAAAGAAAAAGAUAAAGCAUGCAGCAUAUAUGCGUUUUUACAUAUACAUAUAUGCUAUGGAUGCAAGCUUAUAUGCGUUAUAUGCGUUAAACGCAUAUAUGCAAGCAUAUAUGCGUUUUUACAUAUACAUAUAUGCUUUUACAUAUACAUAUAUGCAUAUAUUAUACAUACAUGCUAUUAAUAAAAUUCACAGACACAUUUGUAUCUUAAAAGCAAAUUAGAGUGCAAAUCCAUCGGAGAGAUUUUCGAAAAAAAAAAGAAAAACAACUAACCUGUUAACAGGGAUUUCUCUAUGGAAAGAGUUUUAAAUACCUUUAUAUCGAAACCUUUAUAAUCGUAUUUGUAUAUACAACAUUUAUCUUUGUAUAAAUUGGAAAUAGUGUUUUAUUUAGUUUAAUUUUAAAUUCGAAUAAAGUUAAUUAUUAUUUGAAAAAAUUAUAAACUUGAACAAAUUUGACUCGAAUAAUUUACAGCUCUA